AUGACAUCUGAAAAUAAUUCAACUACGGUACAUGUUCAAUCAUGGUUUAUUCCAAUUGAUAUUUUAAACAUGAUAUGUUGUAUCAUUGCUAUUAUACUUGCUCUAGUCUUUUUAUUUGUUACUAUUUUUGAUAAAACAUAUCAAACAGUUGGCAUGAUGCUUGUAACAAAUUCUUGCAUAGCUGAACUGAUAUUUGGAAGUGAUUUGUUAGCUAUGAGUCUAUUUACAUUUUACAGUGAUUUUAAAAAAAUUUACUUUCAUGAAUCAUUUUGUCUUUUAUUAGGCUAUAUAAGUUAUAUGUCAGUUGGAAUACAAAAUUAUUCUUAUUUAUUACAAGCAAUCUAUCGAUAUAUUUUGAUUGUUUAUCCAUCUCGAUUAUUCUAUCAAUCAUUCAAAUUUCAAACUUUUCUUAUUAGCAUAACAUGGAUUUGUUGUAUUAUCUAUCCUAUUCCAUUAGUAUUUACUGGUCAAAUAAAGUAUCUUGUUGAUGAUCAAAUAUGUCAAAUGCCUCUUCAACUUUCAUUUCUAACAAUAUUCAAUGCAAUUUAUAUUUAUCUAUAUCCUAUGCUAAGUAUAAUAUUAAUCUAUUUAAAAAUGGUUCAAUAUGUACACGAGAUGCGUAAACACAUAACUCCAGUUAAUCGAUUAUUUCAUGCCCGACGAGACUUACGAAUGAUUCGACGUAUAGUUUCACUUGUAUUCAUUUUAAUAGCACUUGGUUUUCCUUAUCAAACAUUCAUAAUUAUGUCAUUUUUCAAUAUUGCCCCAAAAUAUCAUUUUCGUAUUGCUUUUAUGUUUAUUGAUGUAUCAUUGGUAUUUGUAUUGAUUGCUCUUUUAGAAAUUACAGAACCACUGAAAACUUCUUUAAUGAAAAGGAUCACUGUUCAGUCAACCAAUAUUACACGAACAGUAACAUAA